GUUCAGUUCUUGUACCCUUCCUUAGCCCGCAAGCAGAGUAUGCAUUCCUUCCUUCCCCCUCGCCGACGCAGCCACCGCCAAGCAACCUCGCUACAUAUGCGCCGCUCCUUCGUCUACCCCCAUCGUUCUACCAAACUCGUCGGCCGGUGAGUCCAUACCAUACACACGCACGCACAGGUCAGAUCAGAGCACGUGUACAGUUUGGUAGCUGGAGCCUGGAGGCCGGUGGCGAGAGGAUCGACAGCCAUGAACGGGGGCAUCGGGGGCACGGCGGAGGGGGCGCCGCACCCGAGCACGGACUGGGGCCCGAUCAUCGUGGCGGUGAUCCUCUUCGUGGUGCUGUCGCCGGGGCUGCUGUUCCAGCUGCCGGCCAGGACCAGGGUGGUGGAGCUCGGCAACAUGGCCACCAGCGCCAUCGCCAUCCUCGUCCACGCCGUCAUCUUCUUCUGCAUCCUCACCCUCGUCGUCGUCGCCAUCGGCGUGCACGUGUACGCCGCCUAGCUGUCUCAUACAGUACUCCAGGUCAAGAUGGGUUUUUUCUUUCUUCAGUGCUGCCUGCCCUGUCCCUGUUUGCCCGUUUGAUUUGGCCGGCUGUAAACUGCAGAAACACUGCUAGCUGAAGACGGUACGUGUAUAAAUGUGUUCUUGGAUGAGGAAUUAGUUGCUUGUAAUUACUUCUCUGUGUCGAUAAUUGAUGAAAUGCCUUUGAAAUUGAUUCCGGCAGAACCGUUUGCACCAACUAUUCACUGAAUCA